AUGGAUGUUGACAUACCAACUCCAUUUUCAGCGAAAUUAUUAAAUGUCAUAAGAAAAUGUUUACUUGGUACGUUUACGCUCUUCGCCAGUUUGUUCGCCGUUUGCCGUAGAAAAAGGAUUCCUGUUAUAAGUGAGGAUAUUUUGAAGUUACCAGCGAUUGAAGUUGCAAGGAAAAUUCGUUAUAGGGAGAUUACAAGUGCGGAAGUGGUUCGCACGUGUAUUAAAAGAAUCAAAGAGGUGAAUCUAACCCUCAACUGCUUUGUCUGUGACCGUUUCGAGUUAGCCCUUCAAGAGGCAUCAGACAUCGAUGCCCUCAUACAGAGUGGGAUUAAAUCUACUGAUCAGUUACAUGCGGAGAAGCCGUUCCUCGGAGUCCCAUUCACAACAAAAGACAGCAUAUGUGUUAAAGGACUACCCGCAACAUGUGGAAUAUAUUCUAAAAGAAAUAACAUAGCCACUGAAGAUGCGGAGGUAAUCAGAUUACUACGUGAAAAGGGCGCGGUUAUCAUCGGCCUCACUAAUGUACCGGAAUUAUGUUUGUGGUGGGAGACGUAUAAUACGAUAUAUGGUAGAACUAACAACCCAUACGAUACUGCAAGGAUGGUGGGAGGCUCGUCAGGCGGUGAAGGGGCUUUGCAGGCCGCCGGUGGGAGUAUUUUUGGCAUUGGCUCUGAUAUAGGAGGUUCAAUCCGUAUGCCAGGAUAUUUUAAUGGCGUUUUUGGACAUAAGGCUACUAGGAAGACAGUCUCUAACCAAGGAAACUUCCCUCCCGUGACUCACGAGGCAGAAGACGCAUGUUUAGCAAUGGGUCCACUAACAAGAUUCGCUGUUGACCUAAAACCAAUCCUGAAAAUCUUAUGUAAAAACCCUAAAGAUUUGAAAUUAGAUACUCCAGUUGAGGUUGGCAAGCUAAAUGUCUACUACCAGGUCAAUAUCAACGCACCACUCACAGACGCAGUCGAUUUUGAAAUCGAAGCGGCAUUGUUGAAAGUCGUCGACUAUUUUAAAUUGAAAUUCAAUACAAAUGCACAAGAGAGGGAUAUAAAACUCUUGAAGCAAUCAACAAACAUUUGGUUUGCUAGUAUUGCGACUGACACUUCGCCGGUAUCACUAAUUUUGGAAAAUCCAAAUAGGUGUAAAGUUUUUGGGGAAAUUUUUAAGAAUACUUUUGGAUGUUCGAAGAACACUAUAGUACCGCUUCUCUUAGGUCUUUUCAAAGACAUCGAUCUAAACGGCGAAGAAUACAGAACAUUUAAGGAACUUGGUGAAAGAUUGGAGAGUCUAUUUAAGAAUUUGCUCGGAGAUGAUGGAAUAUUCUUGUUUCCUACACAUCCAACGGCAGCUUUGUAUCAUAACGAGUCUUUAUUUAGGGCGUUUAAUUUCACUUACACGUCUGUUAUAAAUAGUCUUGGUUUUCCUUCUACUACUGUGCCGUUGGGUUUGAACCGGAAAGGACUGCCAAUUGGCAUACAAGUUGUAGCCAAUCAUUAUAACGAUAGAUUAUGUCUUGCUGUUGCUGAAGAGUUAGAGAAGGCAUUCGGUGGUUGGAUUGAACCACAGAGAAAAAUGCCAUAG